GGUUAAUUUUAUUUUAAGAAAUCGAAAAAAUAGUUAAAAAUUAAUAUGCGAUGGCAAGGGAUGAAUCGGUUUUUUAAUGUCAAUCAAGUGUUAAUUGGCAUUGAAAAAGGCUUAAUUAGAGAGAAAUGUUCGUUUAUUUAUAAGAAUAUACGAUGUUAUUCAGAUAUUAAAGCUCCAGAUACAUCAAUAAAUAAGAGUCGACCUUCGAUAGUAGUUAGUUCAUUUCGUGGAGGAUUUCUAGGAUUUUUUAUUGGAACAAGUCUUGCUAGCGCAGUAGGAUAUUAUUAUUUAAUAAAUGAAUAUCAAUAUGCAUCAAAUACACUUCUUUUGUCUAUAGAAGAACUGCAGCAUGUGACAGAUUCUAUUAUUAAACGUGUGAAACAAGUAGAAAAGAUAGAAAAAGAUUUGAAAAAAAUACAAGAUAGUGCUAUAACAAAAAGUGAUCUUGAAAAUGUUCAGGUAGAUACAAAAAAAAUGUUUGAAAGCCUAAAUUUGGCACAACUAGAAGCAAAUGAGAGGUUUUCAGAGUUAGAAAUGGAUGUAGCAAAAUUAUCCCGUCAAGCACGUACUAUUAUAUAAUUUUAAAAAUUGUAAUAUUUGUAUGAAUAUGAUCCUAAA